GCUACUAUCAGGUGAAAUAUUAAGAAUUACCGCUUAUUAGAAUGCCCCUAACCUAUACGUGACGUGAAAGUAUAAAAGCGCGUCUCGCUAUAGACUGUAGCUCGCUCUCUCCUCCCUUUAACAACUCUCUUCACUUCGCACUUCACCUUUCACAUAGCUCUUUCACACAACACUGCAAUACUACAACACUACACAACUCUAAUACAUCUCUCAUCUGCAAUGCCACCAGUCACUCCUACUAAAGCAUCGGCUGUUCUCAGUCGUGGGUUAACUAGGUCCCACACCAACAUCCCUCCCUUUCCCUCAACACCGUCUCCUCUUCCUCGCUUUUCCUGGUCACCUAUUACCCCUGCUACUCCUCCUACCCCUACUAUACCCUACAACCCGACUCCCGUCCGCAUUCCCAUCUUCUCUCCUAUCCGUUCCCCUUUCUCUCCUCUUGCUCCUUUCCCCGCUACUCCUUCCCCUCCCUCCCCCAUCGUCUCUCCUUUCUCCUCUCCUAACUCAAAAGCACCUGUCUCUCCCCUUUCGAAGUUUCUAGUUUCCAUGCGUGCCCGUGAUCAGAGACGGGGAGCCCGCCUUGGUACUAACCUUCCACCUAAGCCCAAAACGCUAUGCCCCGGAUGUGACAGAGUAAAGAUGUUGCUCCCGGCAAAGUGGUGUGGUCAUCAAGUAACUCCAUCUCGAAUGAAGAACGGCUUGCGAGUCGUUCGAAUUCCGAAAAACUUCCCAAACGACAAAGCUACUUUAGCUAAAAAGGCACGAGUUGCAAAAGCAAAGUUAGUUGCCACUAACUCGACACACGAAAAGAAGGCAAAAGCUCCUAUCGCUGAUUUACCUGUUGCUAAAACAGUAACGCCUAAACGCGUUAUUGUAGAGGCAAAACCGGAACUCAGCAUCAAGAGCUCGCCUCUUGUUCACACUCCUUUCAAAAAUCCAGACCUGAACGACAAACCCCUACACUGGUCACCUCGCAUGUUCAAGCCCGAGAUCGACCGUUACAAUUGGACUUGGUCUGAUUGGGACUCUCCAUCCCGGGAAAUCGAAGAUGUCACGUACCAGACUACCGAUUGGCCCAUCCACGAUCCUCUCGCUGCUCUUCCACCACACAUCAGGAAGAAGUUCGAGGAGAUGAAGAAGAUGGAAAAGCUGUUGUUGGAACAGCAGCCCGAAAGCAGCGUCACAGCUGACACCGUUCGCUACGAAGAAGUCGAUAUCGCAUCGUCAUUUUCUUCGGAAGCAUCCACUCGUUCUAAACGCACUCAUUCAAAGCACUCUCGUUCAAAACACAAUCGUUCAACAGGCACUCGCUCAACACAAGCUCAUUCAGCACACACUCGUUCAGACUCGACGUCAUCUUCGGAAUUCUCUUCCUGGGUAGACGUGAAUAGCCGUCCUUGGCCGCCACACGUCCUUCAAAUGUUCAAUGAAGGCGAGGAGGAGCGCAAGGAAUGGGCAGCAAGGAGACGCAACCAGCCGACCAUGUCCCCUCUUUCUGAAUCCGUUUCGGAUGUUUACAUUCCUUUAGAUUCCCCAAAGCCUCUCCGCGAACCCUCCCCAGAACCUACUCACUCUUCCGGACUAUCUUCUCUUCUUCAGCUUUACGUCGAAAGCGACAGUGAUCGCCAACGGUGGCAAGCCGAGAAGGAGAAGGAGAAGGAGUUGAGGGAGAUGGUGGCGAAGGCGAAGGAGACAUAUUCUCACGAGAGCUCUUUCGAGGGCUCGACCACUCAUUCUAAUUCAGGCUCUUUUGCCUCUUACAACUCAGACGUCGCCAAACAGUACGCUCGUUCCAUUCAGCAGAUCAUGCAAGAUCUUCGCGCGCCAUCUACUGCUGCUCCGGCUCCGGCUCCGGCUCCUUCUCCUGUUCCUACUGCUGCUGCCUCACCUAUUCACGAUAGCCCUCCUAAGAGCCCAACCACUCAUUCGGACUCUUAUGGCUCUUACAACUCGGACGUUGCUCUUCAGUACGCCGGUUCUAUCCAACAGAUUUUGCGGGAUCUUCGCGCGCCAUCUGCUGCUGAACCUGUUGCUGAACCAACCCCUGUUGAACCAACCCCUGCUGAACCCACUCAUAACGACUCUUUCGAGAGUCAGGACGCUCAUUCAAACUCCUACGGCUCCUACAACUCCGAUGUGGCGAACAAGUAUGCUGGCUCUAUCCAACAGAUUAUGCGCGAUCUUCGUGCAUCCUCUGCUGCUGAACCCGCUGCUGCUCCCGCUCCUGUUGCUGCCCCUGAGACUACUUCUGCUCUACCUACUUACGACGACUCAUUCGAGAGUCCCGACGCUCAUUCAGACUCCUACGGCUCCUACAACUCUAACGUUGCGAACCAAUACGCUCGUUCUAUCCAGCAGAUCAUGCAAGACCUUCGUGCAUCAUCUACUGCUGCACCUGCUCCUGCUCCUGCAUCUGCAUCUGCAUCCGUUUCUUCUUCUCCUUCAGCUUCGGGUUCAGCUUCUAGUCCUGCUCCAUCUCCUUCUCAGCACUUCUUCGCCAAACGUCAGCUCCCAUCGGCUUUCACCCUGGAGCGACAAAGGCCUGCGGAAGUGCCAUCGAGGGGAUCUGGCUUCGGCUGGAAGUCUCUUGCCUGUGUUGGUGUCGCGGCUGCGGCAGUCGGCGCGGGCCUGGCUUAUGCUUGGCUUUCUUUUGCGACAUAGUCUUUCUUUUCGGUCGGUCGGUCGGUCGGUCGGUCGGUAUUCGGUUCGAUGGUAUAUAGUGAGGCGGUUUUGCAGUGCCCAUGUGUUGUGUUUUGGAUAAUCCCUUCUUUCUCUUUCUUGUAUAAGUUGUCGCAGAUGACUGGAUGUUUCUUGUAAACUGUUUCACUCGUUCGCAUUCUCUCUUUCUCAUCACUCUAUUUCAUUCCCUCAUACCCCUUGCCUUAGUCAUCAUCCCUUUUCGUUCCCUU